AUGUAUGGAGGAGUUGCUAUUGCAAUUGUAUAUCACAUGAAUUACUUAAUGAAACAAGGAAACCGAUUCAAUUAUUUUUAUGGAUGGAAUUGCGUAUGUGAAACUUUACAAACUCCAGGUGAAAGUUACAGAAUGUUUAGGAUGGAAUCACAUGCUGUAUUGCAACUUAUAGAAACAUUGAUAAAUAAGGGAUGGUUACAUCCAUCUAAAGACAUGAAAGCAUUAGAGGCAGUUGCUUUGUUUCUUUGGACUUGUGCACACAACGAAACAAAUCGUAAUGUCCAAAAUAAAUAUGAAAAAUCGGCAGAGACUGUAAGGAGGAAGUUCGGUGAAGUGUUAGAUAGUUUAUGUUUACUGGCCAAUGAAAUCGUCAAGGCUUCAGAUUUUCAAUAUGUAGAAGUUCCAUCCAAAAUUAAAAACGAUCGUAGAUAUUGGCCUUAUUUUCAAGGGUGCAUUGGUGCUAUAGAUGGAUCACAUGUUCUUGCUAUUCCUCCUGUGAAUGAUCAAAUUCGUUUUAUUGGUCGAAAGGGAUAUCCAACACUCAAUGUCAUGUUAGUGUGUAAUUUUGACAUGCUAUUCACUUUUGUGGUUGUUGGUUGGCCUGGCACUACACAUGACACCCCGUAUCUUUUCAACUGUGCUUGA